AUGAAGCUGCUGUCUAUCCUUCUUUUUGCCUUCAUGGGCAUUUCCGUGAGCCUCAUCAACCCCGCUCAUUCAAGUAAAGUUCUCAAUUCUACUCUUCAACUUCCGAAUAUGAACGAUAACCUCGCCGCUAUUCAUGAAGGCCCUUACCUUCAACAUGGUGGAGGGUCUCUCCUCCCCCAACCCGUCAUCUCCGAGCCGAUAUGCGCCCCAACACAGCUCAAUUAUCCAUUCGUUGAUCGCAGGAAAGCUGCUGAUACUAUCGAAGGCUUUUGCGACCAAUUCGUCGGCCGUCCAGAAUUCCUUCGCAUGGUUCCCGAGAGCAGAUACUACAACCGCACCUACAAGUUUGGAAAGGACAAGGAUGUCGUCUUCAGUAUUGACAACAGGUUGUGGUUGACCGCCACUCUAACCCACGGUUACUAUGUAGAUAUCAGCAAGAAACUCUGCAAGGAUGUCUUGUUCCAGGCUCUGGAUGCCUGCCCGCCAUACAAAAUCGAGCCUAGCCGCAACCGAUUGUUCAAGUAUGGUGGCGGCGCAAGUAUUACGGCUACUACGGGUACUGUGGAUUUCCUGGUCGCCGUUAUUCCAGAGGGAAAGAAGUUAUGCCUUGAUCUUAUGUAUCCUCCUCAGUUCUGCGACUACUGA